AUGUUUGAGCGUGACCUUGCUGCUACUCGAACUCAACGGGUUGCUGUGGAAGUGGUUGCCCCUGAUGAAAAACCGAUUGAGGGCGAUAAUGCCCCACCUGUGCCCCCAGUACUGCCCGUUACGGCUAUUACCCAAAGGUCCGAGAAGCUUCCAGAUCCAGAGGUGUUUAGGGGAGAUCGUGAUCGAGAAAGAUUACACCUAUUCAAGCAACAGAUGAGGGUCAAUCGACUGGAGAGUGUUGCCGCUAAUCAGUUCCUACAAUACGUCGGGGAAGAAGGAAUUGCUUUGCCUUCCAUGUUACGGUUUUAUGAAAUUCUAGAUACUGCGUUCGGGGACCCUGAUCGAAUGUGUACGGCUAGGAGGAAUCUCAGGAACAUCCGCCAACGAAAUCGAACUUUUGCUGAUUAUUUCACCGAAUUUCAAAGAUAUGCUGCCGAGUCGGAGAUGGAUGAAGCUUCUCGGAUUGAGGCUCUAAUGGAAGGUAUCAAUGUGGAACUCGACGAAUCAAUGAUACAUCAUGAAACCCCUGCUACGGUAGAUGCAUGUCCAACGCUCUUGCAACAGUUGUAUAAUCGCCGUCGAGCGGCAGAAGCUAAGCGAGGAAGUAAAAAGCCUUGGAAUGCUACUACUGCUCCGGCCCCUCGUCCCCCACCAGCGAAUCCUGUCCCUGCUCCCAGUGCUGCCGCCCCGGCGGUCAAUGUACCUACCACUGAGAACCAUCCCUCGUUCCGCCCAGGAGGUGAUGUACCGAUGGAUUUGUCUGUAGGACUUCGUCGCCCCACCACUACCGAAAGAAACGCCCGCUUAGCUGAGGGUUGA